UCUCCCGCACAUCUUCAUCCAAAAUUUAUCGUCACCAACAGCUCGCGAAAUCGGAACAACACAUUUUGUUCAUCAAAUGCGUGCUCAAGCAUCCCUAGUAGGCGCUAAAAUUUUAAUAGUGACAUAUACGCAAGAUAUAUGUGUGUAGAUAGCGCAAAUAGUGAAUAGUAUGAUUAUAGCGUUUGCGAGUGGAUGUACAAAGUAGACACGUAUAUGUUACACUGAUUGUGUUGUAUUUUUGGAAGUACAAACUGUACGCAUACUAUGGCAGAGACGAAUGGGGAUCAAAUUUUGGCGGAAGCUCUCAGAGAUCAGGGUGUCCGGUAUGUCUUUGGAAUCGUGGGUCAUCCAGUGAUCGAACUGGCCCUGGCGUUGCAGGCCGCAGGAUUACGCUACCUCGGCUUCAGGAACGAGCAGGCCGCCUGUUACGCGGCCCAAGCUCACGGAUUCCUCACAAGAAAACCAGCGGCCGUUCUGUGCGUUUCCGGGCCGGGGCUCUUGCACGUCAUCGGGGGUAUGGCCAACGCUCAAAUGAACUGUUGGCCGGUCCUGGUGCUCGGCGGCUCGUGUCCCCAGGAUCACGAGGGCAUCGGUGGUUUCCAAGAAUCGAACCAAGUCGAGGCGAGCCGUCCGCACUGCAAGUACGCCGCCCGGCCAGCCUCGGCCAGUCUCAUUCCACUCCACGUGGAAAAAGCCGUGCGACUCGCCACUUACGGCCGACCAGGAGCGGCCUACUUGGAUCUCCCGGCCACGCUGCUGAAACAGAGCAUCGACAGCGAUCGAGUCGCCAGAGCCCGGCCUGUCCCUGAGCCACCUCUGGUGUUCCCGGACACCCGGCUGGUCGAGGAGGCCGCUGAUCUGCUCGUCUGCGCCAAAAAGCCACUGAUCGUCGUUGGCAAAGGAGCGGCUUAUGCUCGGAGCGAGGCCCAAGUCCGCUGGUUGGUCGAGUCUACAAACUUGCCGUUCUUACCGACGCCGAUGGGCAAAGGUGUAGUGCCGGAUACCGAUACCCGUUGCGUGUCCAGCGCCAGGUCGGCGGCUCUGCUGCAGAGCGACGUCGUACUGCUGCUUGGCGCGAGGCUCAACUGGAUGCUGCACUUUGGCCGGCCACCGAGAUACCGAUCGGAUGUGCAAUUCAUUCAGGUCGAUAUCUGCGCCGAGGAGUUGCACAAUUCUGUGACGGCUGGUGUUGCGAUCCAAGCGAGCAUUGGCCCAGUGGCCGAGCUUUUGGCCGAAGCUCUGAAAAAUCGGCGGUACUCGCACGAUAGAAAUGGUCCCUGGUGGAGAGAACUAGACAACAAAAGGAACAGCAACAGAGAGACGGUUGACAGAAUGAGCACAGACAUCAGCCAGCCUUUGAACUACUACGCCGUGUUCAAAACCAUUCAGGACUCUCUGCCUGACAACUGCAUGAUCUGUUCGGAGGGAGCAAACACCAUGGACAUUGGAAGAACAAUACUAUUGAACAAUUUGCCAAGGCACAGACUUGAUGCUGGCACUUUUGGAACGAUGGGAGUUGGUCUUGGGUUUGCGAUUGCGGCAGCUCUAUACUGCAAAGACGAGCAUCCCAACAAGAAAGUCAUUUGCAUAGAGGGAGACAGUGCUUUUGGGUUUUCCGGUAUGGAGUUGGAAACAAUGUUCAGGUACAAGCUUCCAAUAGUCGUUGUCAUUGUCAACAAUAAUGGAAUUUACGGCGGAUUUGACAGCGAAACUUACACCGGUAUAAGAUCUGGUGGAGAGGCAUCAGACUUGACACCUCCAAAUACACUGACACCUGAUGCUCACUAUGAAAAAAUGAUGGAACUUUUUGGAAAAAAGGGAUACUUCUGCAAAAGCACCGAACAAAUCAGGAUAGCUCUGAAGGAAUCUUUACAAAUAAAAGAUGCUCCCAGUCUCAUAAACAUAAUGAUUAAUCCUCAAGCUGAUCGCAAAGAACAAGCCUUCAGUUGGCUAACAGAAUCCAAGCUUUAA